AUGACCCCUCCCUCACUCGACAACCCAUCGUCACCGAAUGCAAUACCGGCACGAUCAAGCUCGGCAGGCUACAUCCACGCAGUACACCACCAAGCAUCUAAACCUGUCCUGGUACCCCUGCCUGAAGAGACUUGGAUCAGCAACAAAUCCGUGCCUGGCAUGCAUCAACCUCAAAUAGCUUCGAGUCCGCCACUGGCAGGAGGUGGCUCGUCCUCGGAUUAUCCUCUAACCAACGGUAGUCCUGGAAUUCAAACACAUCGGCAUAAGAAAGAGAAGAUAAUAAUGGGACCGUAUGACUACCUCUUCUCGCAUCCGGGCAAGGAUAUUCGAAGCGCAAUGAUAGAAGCCUUCAACGUCUUCCUCAAAGUGCCUCCGUCCUCGCUGAAAGUAAUCACGAAAGUUGUCGGCAUGCUGCAUACCUCGAGCUUGCUGAUAGACGAUGUCCAAGAUAAUAGCAUACUCCGAAGAGGCGUGCCAGUAGCUCACAAUAUCUUCGGCACGGCACAAACGAUCAACAGCGCGAACUACGUUUACUUCCUGGCCAUGCAAGAGCUGCAACACCUGGAACAUAAAGAGGACGCGAUGCACGUUUUUAUCUCUGAAUUGCUCAACCUCCAUCGCGGCCAGGGUAUGGAUCUUUAUUGGCGUGAUACUCUCACUUGCCCGACUGAGGAUGACUACCUCGAAAUGGUUCAGAACAAAACUGGCGGUCUGUUUAGACUGGCGAUCAACUUGAUGCAAGCUGAGUCGCCGGAAAGAGGGAGGAUAGACUGUGUACCACUGGUCAAUCUGAUGGGUCUGGUCUUCCAAAUCUGCGAUGAUUACCUGAAUUUGAGCUCCAGCAUCUACACUCAGAACAAAGGCAUGUGCGAAGACCUGACCGAGGGCAAAUUCUCAUUCCCAGUCAUCCAUUCGAUACGCGCGAAUCCAGGAAACCUACAAUUAAUCAAUAUUCUGAAGCAAAGGACACAUGACGAGGAGGUAAAGCGAUAUGCAGUGAAAUACAUGGAGAGUACGGGCUCAUUUGAGUACACCCGCAAGGUGGUCCGGGAACUUAGGAAUAAAGCUUUGGCAGUAAUAAACGAGCUUGAUGCAGAUACGGGACGUGGUGCUGGGGUCAGGAAAAUCCUAGACAAAAUGGACAUUGAAAAGCCAAGUCAAGAGCAAGUUGGACAACAUGAAGGGAAAAAUUGA